UCGAAUAGGACAGGUAUAUCCUGCAGCUUUGACUCUUUGACCAUCGCUGAGUGGAAUACAUCAGCAGCCAUUGUAUUUCUGCAGAACUGAUCCAGAAGAGGUUACAGAUAAUUGCUGUAGAACAUGACACUUGAAGAACCUGCAAAACAGAGUCAGUGAGGAAUGAAGCUCAGCUCACCCUCCUGCAGCUACAAGAAAAAAUAGUCAGAUGGUAUGGAAUGGUUGCAUAGCUGAAGUUUGAACGGUGAGAACAACGUGCACUGACACUAAACAGCAGAGAUUCUCUUCUGAGUCAGGAUCUGGAUUGAUGUGUCACGCUUGGAUUUCACAGCGUGCAUGUGUUUGCAGUCUAGGGGGGCCAGCUGCCAUUCCAUUCAUGUUUUUACAAUAACUUUACACGUGGACGCCCAACACUAACAGCUAACAUCAGGAGGCGUCAACCAAUGCUCAAUCUUUGGAAAAUCAGUUUCAGUGGACUGACUGAUUGAAUUGACCGAUGGACUUAUUUUUUGUCUUCAUAACCAACUGGAUUCUUGUUCCCAUAUGUAACAGGUAAUCCACAGCACAAGUGCAUUCUGGGGAGGAUUACAGACUUAUCACAUGGAGCAGUGAAUGCAGUACUUAGUUUGAAGUGGAUAACCUACACAAAACCUGCUGCUGCAUUCAAAGCCGGCAAACCAUCCAUUAAAGUUAAGUUAAGUUAAGCUAAUUUAGAGCAGAGGUUUGGUUCUGAGGUCCAGAUGUUCCUCCACACGGUGCUGGUGGUCCUGACGGACUUGGCGGCCCGGUUCCUGGGUAACACCGCGGUCCGGCAGCACUUCCACCUGCUGCUGUCAGCGGUGGUGAUGUUUGGUCCUGCACUGAGCCUCUGGGUCUCGCAGCACAGCAUCUUUGCCAAGAGAAGUCACUUCCUCUACAGGAUGUUCCUGCGCUCUGGUUGGGGCUGGACCUGCAUCUUUGUUGGGUCGUUUGUCUUCCUCCUCUCCUUCUCCAUCCGUCGCUCCGUGUCCCUCUCCAUGCGUCACCUGUCACGGCUCGGGGUGGCCGGCGGGUUGUGGCUCGGCUUCUGUAAACUCCUGGACCUGCUGGAGAACGCCACAGGAAGCUGCUAUGAACCUUUACUCGGCGGUCCAGAGGUCGCCAACGGGCAGCCUCUGCUGGUGCUGCGAGAAGGCGAGAGUAAGUCGGAGUGCCUCAGGGCUGGGAUGCUGUGGAGGGGUUAUGAAGUCUCAGAGGACGUCUUCCUCCUGUGUCUCUGCUGCCUCCUGCUGGCGGAGGAAACGUCCGUGUUUGGCCCUUACCUGAGCCUGGGCGGGGUCUCAGACGCCCCUCUCAGGAUCCUCUUCCUCUUCUGUGUCCUCCUGCUCGGCCUCUGGAUCUUUCUGCUGCUAUGCCUCUUGGCUUACUUCCCUCAGUUCCCCACCCAGCUGCUAGGGGGCGCUCUGGGGUGUCUGAGCUGGAGGGGACUGUACCAGGGCUGGUACCGCCUCGGGCCCAGCUGGUGCUCUCCUGGGAGACCUGGAUUGGGACUGCUUAACACCAAGACUGAGGAUGCAAAAUUGAGCCAAGACUCCUGCAAUUAACAGGAAACAAGAGAUGAAGGUGAACGACGACUUUAAGCUCUCUAAGAUGUUUGAGUGUGCUGUCUUCUUUUCACAGGAAGACAAGAGCUACUGUUUUGAACUCUGAACAGUGUAGUUUAAUGAUUUCUAAA